CCGGGGGUCGCGGGAGGAAGGCGGAGGAGGAGGAGGAGGCCGGGCAGGGGCGCCAUGGCGGCGGCCGAGACGAAGAUCAUCUACCACCUGGACGAGCAGGAGACGCCGUACCUGGUGAAGCUGCCCAUCCCCGCCGAGCGCGUCACCCUGGGCGACUUCAAGGGCCUCCUCAACCGGCCCAACUACAAGUUCUACUUCAAGUCCAUGGACGACGACUUCGGGGUGGUGAAAGAAGAAAUCUCAGACGACAAUGCCAAGCUGCCCUGCUUCAACGGCCGCGUGGUGUCGUGGCUGGUGUCUGCAGAGGGAUCCCAUUCGGAUGCGGGGUCGGUCUGUGCCGAUAACCAAACAGAGCUGCCGCCUUCCAUGGAGCGCACGGGAGGCAUCGGAGACUCCAGGCCCCCCUCCUUCCACCCUAACACUGGGGGGAGUCGGGAAAACUUGGACAAUGAGACAGAGACAGACUCAGUGGUGUCAUCGCAAAGGGAACGACCUCGUCGGAAAGAUGGGCCCGAGCAUGCACCCAGGGUGAACGGUACAGUGAAGGGAGAGCGGCGCCGAGACCUGGGCGGGUACGAAAGCUCCUCCACGCUCAUGAGCAGUGAGCUGGAGACCACCAGCUUCUUCGAUUCAGAUGAAGAUGACUCCACGAGCAGGUUUAGCAGUUCAACAGAGCAAAGCAGCGCUUCCCGUCUAAUGAGGAGGCACAAGCGACGCCGGCGGAAACAGAAGGCUCCACGCAUUGAGCGGUCAUCGUCCUUCAGCAGCAUCACAGACUCCACCAUGUCCCUGAACAUCAUCACUGUCACGCUAAACAUGGAGAAAUACAAUUUCCUGGGCAUUUCCAUUGUGGGACAGAGCAAUGAACGUGGGGACGGAGGCAUUUACAUUGGCUCUAUCAUGAAGGGCGGUGCUGUGGCAGCUGAUGGCAGGAUUGAACCAGGAGACAUGCUCUUGCAGGUGAAUGACAUCAACUUUGAGAACAUGAGCAACGAUGAUGCCGUGCGGGUGCUGAGGGAGAUCGUGCACAAGCCGGGGCCCAUCACCCUGACGGUGGCCAAGUGCUGGGACCCCAGCCCCCGAGGCUGCUUCUCGUUACCCAGGAGUAAGUGGAUAGCUGACCCACCCUUAACGCUGGUGCCCAGCUCAUUUGCUCCCCAGCGGAUCUGGGCUGGGCCAGACUCUCCAUGCUCCGAUCCGGGUGAGCCCAUCCGGCCCAUUGACCCGGCAGCCUGGGUGUCUCACACGGCAGCGAUGACUGGCACCUACCCAGCGUACGGUAUGAGUCCAUCCAUGAGCACAAUCACUUCCACCAGCUCCUCCAUCACCAGCUCCAUCCCAGAGACCGAACGCCUCGAUGACUUUCACCUGUCCAUCCACAGUGACAUGGCCACCAUUGUCAAAGCCAUGGCCUCCCCAGAGUCGGGCCUGGAGGUGCGUGACCGCAUGUGGCUGAAGAUCACCAUCCCCAAUGCUUUCAUCGGUUCGGAUGUGGUGGAUUGGCUGUAUCACCACGUGGAGGGCUUUACAGACCGUCGCGAAUCCCGCAAAUAUGCCAGCAAUCUGCUGAAGGCUGGCUACAUCCGACACACCGUCAACAAGAUCACCUUCUCUGAACAGUGCUAUUACAUCUUCGGGGACCUCUGUGGAAACAUGGCUAAUCUGUCCCUCCACGAUCACGAUGGCUCCAGCGGUGCCUCCGAUCAGGACACUUUGGCUCCGCUCCCACACCCAGGAGCUGCACCCUGGCCUAUGGCUUUCCCGUAUCAGUAUCCACCACCUCACCCUUACAACCCCCACCCCGGCUUCCCUGACCCAGGCUACAGCUACGGAGGGGGCAGUGCAGGCAGCCAGCACAGUGAAGGGAGCCGGAGCAGCGGUUCCAAUCGCAGCGGCAGCGAGAGGAGGAAGGAGAGAGAGAAGACCGGGGAGUCCAAGUCAGGCGGCAGCGGGAGCGAGUCGGAUCACACCACGAGGAGCAGCAUGCGGCGUGAGCGCGCGGCCAGCGAGCGCUCGGUGCCCGCCAGCCAGCACAGCCAGCGGAGCCAGCACUCCCUGGCUCACAGCAUCCGCAGCCACCACAGCCAGCAGUCGUACGGGCCGCCCGGCCUCCCCCCUCUCUUCAGCCCCCCCAUGUUGCUGAUGCCACCACCGCCUUCAGCCAUGGGGCCCCCCGGGGCGCCGCCGGGCCGCGACCUGGCCUCUGUGCCCCCAGAACUGACAGCCAGUAGACAGUCCUUCCGAAUGGCCAUGGGCAACCCCACAAAGAAUUACGGGGUGUUUGACUUUCUCUGAGCCUGCCGCCCGCAGGGGGGAGAGCUGGAGCGUGGCGUGGCCCGACAGGAGGACACGGAGCUCCAAGGGCGCUGGGCGCGCAUGGCGCUGAAGAUGGCUGCUUUUCUCCCCCUAGCGGAAGACGCCCUGAGAGGGGAGCGGGGCCCAGCCUUACAUGCAUUUUCAAUCCCGUUGCAGUUGCCUUUUGGCCAACGCGUGAAUGUUCCAGGGCUUCAGUGCCUCCAGGGGAGGGGAGAGAUGCUGCCCCUUCCUUCCUGCCUCCCCUUUGGGACAGCUCUGUGCCUGGCGCUGCCCUGUAGGUGUCUUGGGGCUGUGGGGGUGAAAGCUCGCCUGGCCUGAGGGAGCCCCCACGGGGACCUCUUUGCCCUCCUUCCCAGGAUGCUGCUGCCCCUCUCGUUUGUAGGGGUUGUCCCUCGGGCAGCUGUGUCCAGGCUCAGUCUUGCCAUCACCGUGCCGCUCGGCAGCAUGACCUCUUCAAGAGCCGGGGUGCAGCCAAGGGGAGAGGGAGGGCACCAAGGGUUUGCUGUCACACUUCUGGGGACCAUGGAAGUCCCCGGUGUUUGUCUGCCAGGAGGGACAGCGCUGGCACUGCCCCGCACCAUCCCGCCUGUGUACGGUACCCGGGGGGAGCGCUUUGGGCUGGGGCCUAGAGCGCAGGGGUGCACACAGCGAGGCGAGUCCACUUGCUCCAGCGCUCCUUCCCCUUCUUCCUUCCUCUCGUGGAUCCUGGAGCCUUUCCUCUUCUGUCUCCCUGGGGUGCGGGAAGGAGAGGGGCUGGGGGCAGCCCCUGCCCCGUGCCAAGCUCGGUACGUCGGUACGUUCAGCUCCGCUCGGCACCACAGCUCCCUCCGCGCGCGUUGCCUCCUUUGGUCUUUCGUGUUCGCAGUUUUAUACUUCAGAGAUGCCAUGUAUUUUGCUCCUCCGGGGUCCGCGUGGCCCCCGCGACCCCUCUGCCAGCUCUCACGUGCCAUCCGUUCGUCUCCUGGAGCCUCUCCUGUCCCCGUGGGGUCAGCUCGCCCAGCGCCCGCUGCCCCCGGAGCGGGGUGGCACCGGCACGCCACAGCCCGUCCCCUUUCGCCCUGUCCUCAUGCCACCCAGCAGCCUCCCCGGCCACCGCUCGCUCCCUUGCCUGCCCGCUGGGUUUUAUACGAACGAAUCCAACCUCCUUGUUUUUAUUUAUAAACAUAGUUUUAUUGGA